AUGAAGUUUCCUCAAGCUCUCCUCUUUGCACUUUGUGGCAUUCUCCAAUGCAAUCUCGCCGUCUCCACCUUCUGCUCUGGAAGGGACCAGAUCCAGCUCCCAGCUGGUUCAAGCAAGAACUUCGCUUGCCCUGGGACAACCAAUGGUCAAGUGCGCAUUAGGUGGGAAACUACCAAUUUGAACGCCGAAGGCUUUAGUGAUGACGAGUACUUCAUCAAUGUCUUCGAUGACGCAGAUCAAGUGUACAGAGAUGGACAACACGAGGAUGCAGCCUUUGGCUUCUCGGGCACGCUCGGAUCGGCUGGAGGUGACAAUUGGGUUGUGCAGUUUGCCUGCGAUUUGGAGGUCUUCUUUCUCAAUUGCGAGGACGGUGACUUCUCCUUUGUUCUUGUGGACUGUGGAUGCCCUGCAGGCAUGGAAGUUGACGAAGAAUGCUCCAUUUCGAGCCUGAACAGUGCAACCGAUGCAACUUGUGUCCCAAUGGCAACUCCGAACCCCACCAAGGCACCUGUCGCAACUCCGAACCCCACCAGGGCACCUGUAACUCCAAGCCCCACCGAUGGACCUGGCACCGACGCACCUGUAACGCCUAGCCCCACCGACGUACCUGCCGCUUCCCCAGCAACUCCCGGCGGUCCUGGCAAUUGCUUCUCAGGAGAGACUCUCGUUCAAGUCAAAAACGAGCGCUCUUGCAACAGCUACAACGAAGAUGGAUACUUGCCAUAUGCAGCCUUGGGUCUUGAGUUUGCCAAUCUAAUGGACAAGCAGAACCUCUUUGUGCAAGUGGCAAUGCUAAGCCUCGUUCUUCUGGUGAUUGGCGUCUUUCUGUCCAUUGAGGUUCUGUUUGGUGCUGCCCAUGGGCCUUUGCUGGUGUUUCUUAUCAUUCCCGGCAUCUACCGUGGCUACCAAAUGUAUGGAUCACGUGCCAACAAAAAGGGCAAUGCCAAAAAGCUGGUCUAA